AUUACAUGCUCUUUGGGGCUCUUACGCAGAAAUUCAGUACGCGUCGUGUCGUUCAGACGAUACUUGGGUAACCGAUAGCUGCUUCUUGUACUCCGCCGUUUUAAAAGCUUCUGCUUCCACCUACCAAGUUAGUGAAUUAGUGAAUCAGUUCAGAAAUGGUGUCAAAAAUAAACCUUCCAAACUUCUCGGAAACAAAGCUACCGAUUUUUGGACGGCGUCAUGUACAGUGUUUGCUGCUAUUUUGAGGGCUUUCGACCAUAAUAGAACUUGGAGCGGAUUGCGCUUGAUUAUACUUAGGAUCGUAUGAUCCAUACUCGUGUGUUUCUACAGUUCCAAUUAUUUAUUGUCGAAAACUCGCAAUUGUUGUUCGCGUUUAAAGUUUCUUUAAUUGAAAGGCAAGCGCGCGAAAUUUUAAAAGGAUCUCUUAUUUAGGUGAUUCAAGUACGCUCUAUCUCAUCUGUCCUUGUUUCUCCCGAUGCAAGUGGCACAAUCUACCUAAAAUUUCAACAAAAAAGGAUCAUAGUAUAACCGGGCGAUCAUUUUGCCGAAAAUCUCUGGAGCUCCAUAUUUUGGCACCCGCCAUGUGCAAUGUUUCUUGGUAUUCCUCGGUCUCUCGGCAGCCCUCAUGCAUCGUGUGAAUCUCUCUGUGGCAAUUGUGGCAAUGAUGGAUAGGAAUUCGACAAAUCCGAACUUUGAGGAAUAUCAAUGGUCGGAGAAGACGAAGUCGUAUCUGCUCAGCAGUUUUUUUUGGGGCUACUUUCUUACGCAGAUUCCCGCCAGUCAGCUGGUGCACAAAUUUGGUGGCAAAGUUAUGCUGCUUGGCAGUGUAUCACUUAGCGGCUUACUAGCUUUGCUGACACCGCUUAGCGCUCGUAUUGGUGACUGGAAAUUACUCUUUGCGCUACGCUUGUCUCAAGGCCUAAUACAGAGUGGCAUUUUCUCGUCGAUACACAUGCUUUUGUCGAAAUGGGUGCCGCCCGUAGAACGUGGCUCACUUGGCACAUUUUGCUAUAGUGGCAUGUCUUUUGGCAGUAUUGUAAUGAUGAUGUUUAGCGGUUGGAUUGCUGCAUCCUCAUUUGGUUGGCCGGGUAUAUUUUAUUUCUCCGGCUUGGUCAGCCUGAUAUGGGGUAUAGUUUGGUACUUUUUAGGCGCCAGCUCACCAAUUGACCAUAAAUGGAUAUCAGUAAAGGAAAAAUUAUUGAUCGAGUCAGCAUUAGUGACAGAACACGAGCAUACAUCCACAAAGACACCAUGGCUAAAGAUACUCACUUCAGUGCCUUUCUGGGUACUGCUGGUGGCACAGAGCACAGGCGCUUGGGGCUUUUGGACACUACUAACACAAAUUCCGUCAUAUAUGAAGAGCAUUUUGGGACAGGACAUCAAAAGCAAUGCACUAAUGUCGGCUACACCCUAUCUGGCUUAUAUGUUUCUAACAUUUGUAUUUUGUGCAUUAGCGGAUUUUCUAAUUAAACGUGGGUAUACGAGUGUAAAUGCAAGCCGUAAACUGUUCAACACCAUUGGUUUUUGGGUGCCGGUGGUGCCACUCAUCUUGCUUGGCUAUGUGCGCGCUGAUCAGAGCCAGUUAGCCCUGGGUCUACUAGUGAUCGCAGUUGGUGUGACUACCGCUGGUUCGCUAGGUUUUCUUACCAAUCACAUUGAUUUAUCGCCCAACUAUGCUGGCAUUCUGAUGGGGUUGGCUAAUUGUGCUGCGAAUAUUAUGAGCUUGCUUGCGCCAUUAACGGUGGGCUUCAUCGUCACAGAUGUGAAAAAUGUGCAACAGUGGCGUGUGGUAUUCUUCAUUGCGGCUGGCUUAUACUUUAUUGGUAAUCUAUUGUUUCUCUUGUUCGGUAAAACUGAAAUCCAAUCGUGGAACUACCCCAAAAGGCAUAAAGGCUCACGUGAUCAUAUAAAAUUUGAAACAAUUAAUAUGGAUAAUAUAAAGGAAUGAUAUAUGCAUACAUUUAUUAUAGGUAUAUCAGCAAUGGGAAAAUAUAAGUGAAAGAAAUUUUUCUACAGGUAUAAAGAAA